AGAUGAUGUUCUACGUUGAGAUUAAAAUUGUCUAAACCAACACAAUACAAUGGCUCCUCCCCUCAACCAGAAGCUCCAGGGCAAAGUCGCCGUCGUCACCGGCGGCGCCAGCGGCAUCGGAGAAGCCGCCGUCCGCCUCUUCGCAGCGUAUGGCGCCCGUGCCGUCGUGAUCGUCGACAUCCAGGACGAUAAGGGCCACGCCGUGGCCGACUCCAUCGGCUCCGACCGGUGUAGCUACUUCCAAUGCGACGUCACCGACGAAGAAAAAGUCCGAGCCCUCAUGGACUGGACCGCCGAAACCUACGGCGGGCUCGACAUCGUGUUCAGCAACGCCGGGACCAUAAGCCCCCCGAACCAAUCGAUCCUCGAGCUCGACCUCGCCGUCUACGACAGGGUGAUGAGGAUCAACGCGCGCGGGAUGGCGGUGUGCGUCAAGCAAGCGGCGCGCAAGAUGGUGGAGCUCGGGACGCGGGGCUCGAUCGUGUGCACGGCCAGCACGGCGGCCACGAUCAGCAGCCCGACCAACGUGGACUACACGAUGUCGAAGCACGCGCUGAUCGGGCUGAUGAACUCGUCGUUCCCGACGCUCGGGGAGCACGGGAUACGGAUCAACUGCGUGUCGCCCGGGGUGACGGCGACGCCUCUGGCGAUUAAUGUUUGGGCCGGCAAUGCUGAGGAGUUGGCGAAGAUGUCGGAGCCGCUUAUGUGCUUGAAAGGGGCGGCGCUCAAGGCAGAGAAUGUGGCGGAGGUGGCGGCGUUUUUGGGCUCCGACGAGUCGGCGUUCAUCACGGGUCAGAAUCUGGUGGUGGAUGGAGGCAUGAGCAUACAUGCUGUCAUUCAAACCAUGACCAGGGCGGCUGCUGCUGCUGCUGCUUCACAGCUCUAAUGUAUUAAGAAAUUUAUGGCAAUGCAAUGCAAGUGAUUAAUUAUGAUAAAUAACGUUGACAAAGUUUGAUUUGUCACUCUUUUGAAAUUAUAUAUACAUGUUUCCAUUUUUAUUUUCUA